AUGUCAGGAGGUCUUUGGGAAUCGCCAAGUGACAUACAAGAUCAACCAAAAAUUGAUAAUAAAAGAGUCAAGCAUGUUCAUCGUAUUGAGUCUAAUGUACCAGGUGAAUAUGAACACAUUAUUACAAGUGAUCGACUAUUAGCAAAAUUCAAGGUUAGUGGAUGUUGUUUAUCUGCCUACUCAAUUGAAGUAGAUGACAAAGAUGAUAUUGAAGCAGAAAUAUCACCAUUCGAGGAAGCAAGAUUUGAGACGGGUGGUAAUGGACGACCUCUUAAUAAUGUUGAUACUCCAAAACUUGAUAUUGUAAACUUCACGAAAGCAUUCUAA